AUGUCUUCCAGCAACAACCACGGAAUCGUCAUCAACGAGCACGGCGACGCAUCGGUGUUGUCGUAUACCGAGCUGCCGAUGCCUGAGGCUGCCGCCGACCAGAUUGUUGUCCGCAAUGCGGCUGCCGGACUCAACUUCAUCGACACGUACCACCGCUCGGGCCUGUACAAGGUCCCGCUGCCGUACACUCUCGGCCGUGAGGGCGCUGGCGAGGUGGUGGCGGUGGGCGUUGACGCCGCUGCGGCUGGGUGGGCGGUUGGUGACAAGGCUGCCUACGUGCUGACGCCUGGCGCGUACGCCCAGUACACGGCGGUGGCCACCAGCCGCGCCGCCAAGCUGCCUGCCGGCGUGACUGAGGAGCAGGGCGCGGCAGUCAUGCUGCAGGGCCUUACCGCCCACUACCUCGCCCACUCGUCGUACAAGGUCAAGGCCGGCGAGACCGUGCUGGUGCACGCUGCCGCUGGUGGCACCGGACUCCUUCUCGCCCAGAUGUGCAAGAACGCCGGCGCUACCGUCAUCGGCACCGUCUCCACCGACGCCAAGGCCGAGCUCGCCACCUCGGUCGGCAAGGUCGACCACGUCAUCAAGUACUCGGAGGAUUCGGUUGUCGACGCCAUCGACCGCAUCACCGCCGGCGUCGGUGUCGACGUUGUCUUUGACGGCGUCGGGGCCGCCACCUUUGACGCCUCGAUGACCGUCCUCAAGCCGCGCGGCACCAUGGUCUCGUUUGGCAAUGCCUCGGGCGCUGUCCCGCCCGUCAACAUUCUCGCCUCGCUCAAGGGCUCCAAGUACCUCACCCGGCCCUCGCUCGGCGACUUUAUUUCUGGCCCCGGCGAGUUUGAUUCCCGCCUCGCAGACCUCUUUGCCUGGAUCGCCGCCGGCGACCUCACCGUCACCGUCGGCGCUACCUUUCCGCUCGAGUCGGCAGCCGACGCCCAUCGCGCCCUCGAGUCGCGCGGCACGACCGGCAAGAUCCUCCUUGUCCCCGGCGGUGCGUCCGAGUAAAACGCCACGCGCACUCCA